CUCAACCCCAGCCUACCUACCACCAGAGAUCUUGAAUUAUUACAGCUUUAGCUAUGGCUGCAGUUGCACUUGCUACGGUGGUUCGAAGUCUUGGUGAGCUUCUUGGUAAGCAGCUUUUUGAAGAAGCAUCUCUUCUAUAUGGAGUUAAAGAUGAAGUUGAGUGGAUUGAAAGAGAGCUGAGACGGAUGCAAAGCUUCUUAAAAGAUGCAGAAGCCAAAGCAAAGGAUGAUGAAAGAAUCAAGAAUUGGAUAAGAGAAGUGAGGGAGGUGGCCUGCAUGGCAGAGGAUGUUGUGGACACCUUCAACCUCGAAAUAGAAGACCGUGGCACAGGCAGGAAGGGUUGUGAUCUCAGGAAUUUUAUUUCUAUCUUAAAGAAGCUCAAAACCCGCCAUAAGGUCGGCAAAAAGAUACAAGAGAUCAGGCUUAAAAUCCAUGAGAUCUCUGAGAGCAGGUCAACCUAUGGCAUUGGAAACAUUGACACAGAGGGACAAGGGAAAAAUUAUGAGAGACAAAGCCUGAAAGAAUGGAGGCGAUCUUCCCCUCAUCUUGAGGAACCAGAUUUUGUUGGUUUCAAGGAAGACAGAGAAUUGUUGGAGGCGAGACUGCUGCAGCGGGAGGAACGCAGGUGCGUAGUUUCUAUAACUGGGAUGGGCGGUAUCGGUAAAACAACUCUUGCUAAGAAGCUCUAUAAUCGUGUUAGAAAUAAUUUCACCUGUCUUGCUUGGAUCUACAUAUCCCAAGAAUAUGUAGUUGAAGAGCUUCUCCAAUAUAUAGGCAAAAGAGUUGGGCUUCCUGAACUGAAGUUGAAGGAGAUGAAUAAAGAAGAGUUGGAGGAGGAACUCUAUAAGUUCUUGAUGAGGAGGAAGUACUUGAUCGUAUUGGAUGACAUUUGGAAAACAAGAACAUGGGAUGAGCUUCAGGAAGCUCUGCCAGAUGGGGUCAGUGGGAGUAAAAUAAUCAUCACCACUCGCAAUAGAGAUGUAGCCAUACAUGCUGAUGCGAGGACACCCGCUCAUGAGCUACCUUUCCUAGAUGAGGACGAGAGUUGGGAAUUGUUCUCAAGGAAGGUUUUCCCCAAUAAAGAAAUCAUCGAUAGCAGUAGUUAUUGUCCACCAGAGUUGGAGGGUUUGGGCAGAGAAAUAGUAGCAAAAUGUGGUGGGUUACCUCUAGCUCUUGUAGUAAUGGGAGGUCUCUUAUUAAGGAAACAGAAAACGGUUCAAGCAUGGAAGACAGUAAUGCAAAGCAUGAAUUGGCAGCUUGCUCAAGAUGACAAUCUUUGUAUGAAAAUAUUAGCCCUGAGUUUCAAUGAUUUACCUGACUAUCUCAAGUCUUGCUUCCUCUAUUUCGGUAUUUUCCCAGAAGACCAUGAAAUUUAUACAAGCAAAUUGAUCAAUUUGUGGGUAGCAGAAGGAUUCAUUAAACGUCGGGGUCGGGAAGCAUUCGAAGAUGCAGCAGAUGAUUGCUUGGACGAGCUAACCCAACGGAGCUUGAUUCAAUCAGUGAUUAGGAGGUUUGAUGGAAGGAUCAAGUCAUGCCGCAUUCACGAUCUUCUGCGAGAUCUCUCCAUUUCAAAAGCUAUGGAAGGUAACUUUUUAUAUGUCUGUAAUGAAAAGGUAGCAGGCCCUGCAUUUCCAUCCAGAGUGCGUAGACUUGCUUUCCAUGGUGAAUUCUCUCUGAAUCAUAACAAUGAACGUAUCCAUACUCUAAUUAGCUUCCAAAAUGUACAUGAAGUGGACUGGCAUAGUCUGUGUGGAGCUUUUAAAUUCUUGGUAAUUUUGGAUCUUCCGGGGCUUGGAUCAAAACUUCCUUAUGAAAUUGGAGAACUUGUCAAAUUGAAGUACCUAGGAUUAAGAGGUGCUAUCAACCAAAGUCUUCCAUCCACUUUAUGUGACCUCCCCAAUCUACAGACCUUGGAUGGAAGCGAAUCAAUGCUUGAAGUACCAGCCACUAUCUGGAAGAUGAGACAAUUGAGACAUCUGUAUGUGGGCGUGGAUUCCGAAAUUCACCUUCCAAAACAGGCAAAUGAUGUCUCUACAAGUGCCCUCCAAACCCUUUCCCAGUUGAAUACUGACACUUUGUGGCUUAAUGGGUGGAAACACUUGAGAAACCUGAAGAAUCUUAGGAAACUGAAAUUAUAUGGUAAUUACAUGGAAAAAGAGGAAUUGGCUGAAUUACCUGAGUGCCUAGAGUCUCUGUGGUUGGACAAGGGUUGCCAAACAUUCCAAGGAUUAGUGUUUUCAAGCUAUCUGCAUCUUCAUAAGUUGUCUUUGAAGGGAAGGUUAGAGAAGUUGCCUGACAUCCAUGAGUUCCCACCACACCUAGCUAAGUUAACACUGGGUUAUUCCCGUUUGGAGCAAGAUCCUAUGCCAUUGCUAGAGAGGCUACCAUAUUUGAGGUGUCUUACAUUAUUAGAUGAUUCAUAUGUGGGUGACAAAAUGGUUUGCUCCAUGGGAGGUUUUCAGAGGCUUGAAGACUUGCAACUUAUAGGUCUGCGCCAAAUGUUGUUGUGGGAAAUAACAGGGGGGAUGCUGAGACUUGAAAGAUUGACUAUUCAUUCAUGCUCAAAAUUAAACAAGGUACCUAAUGGAUUGAAGGGUAUAACCACCCUCAAGGUACUUGAUAUCAAUAUGCCUUCAAGCUUCAAUUCCAGGCUCAAUAUGCACAAGAUUGACUGGGACAAGAUCAAACACAUACCCUCAAUCAUAACCACAAUAAACAAGUCUGACCCCAGGUUAGAGAGGAUCCCAACAGGAGUCCCUCAACGGAGACAAGAAGACCUCCCAUGGUAUCAAAGGGAACACGAUCAUAAGAGAAAAGAUAGAAAACAAGAUCCACUGUAA